GCGGGGGGAGGCGGUCCCACUGGGGCUGAGUGGGGGACGACAUUCAAAAGAAUGGACUGAAAGACGCAUGGGGGGGGAUGGGAGAGAGGAGAAAAGGAAGGUUAUUUUAAAAAGAACUCUUGAGUUACAAUCAAUAAAAUUACUCGCUUAAUUAGCAUGGUUAUUCGGUUAAGCGGAAUGUAGUAAAAGCUGGACUUCAGAAAGACGGGCGGGGGUUGGGGGGGGGCCAAGCGUGGACCCAGGGCUUUUUCCUCCGAGACACCUUUGGGCAGCGGGGGAGGGGAGAGGGUGUGCGUGUGUGUGAGUGUGUGUGUGCGCGCGCGUGCGAGUGUGCGUGAUGGCUUCGCAGAUUUGGGUUUUUAUCACCCAGUGGAGCCAGCAGCCUCUUCGCAACGGCGCCUUCGCCGCAGGGACUCUCAGGGACCAGAAAGGGAAGCUGCGCGCAGCGCGGUUGGGUUGCCUCUGGCUCUUGCAGGCCAAGCGUGGCUCGGACGGUGCGUGUGUGCUCGCGGACCCGCGUGCUGGGCGGCUCCAAUGACCCGGCGCGUAAGCGUGUGCAGUAGGGAGUCCUCCGAGCGCUCCCAGCCUCGCUGUCCGGUCUGGAUGCCACUCGUGUUGGCGCGCGAGGAGGGGGCCGGUAGCGGGAGGGGCGGGUACCCCGGGCGAGAAGAACCCCUAGUCACCAAGUCUCUUUUGCUUGCCUCUGCAGACCAUGGACCUGCACGGCGGUCGCCGGCUUGGAGCGCGGCCGCCCGCGGAGAAGCCCAGUCCGCCGGUGUGCUGACCGGCUCGGCUAUCUGUGCCUCCGGUGACCCCGGACGCCGCCUCCCGCGCGCCGCUCGCGCACCGCCCGCACUCCGAGUCGUUCCCAGGCCCCGGCCACGCUGCUUGCUGGAGGCGGCGGCGGCGGGCCGGGGCCGGGGCCCGGCAUGGAUGGCCGAGACUUCGCGCCGCCGCCGCAUUUGCUAUCGGAGCGCGGGAGCCUGGGCCACCGCAGCGCCGCCGCCGCCGCGCGCCUCGCCCCCGCCGGCCCCGCCGCGCAACCGGCCGCGCAUUUCCAGCCCGGAAAGUACUUCCCGUCGCCGCUGCCGAUGGCUUCGCACACAGCCAGCAGCCGUCUGAUGGGAAACCCCCCAGCCUCCUCUUUUAUGGGCAGCUUCCUCACCAGCAGCCUGGGCUCAGCAGCGUCGGCACACCCCAGUGGCCCCACAUCCUCUCCCUCUGAGCCGGCCUACCGAGGAUCCCACCCUGCCACCUCUCAGAUCUGGUUCUCCCACUCCCAUGAAGCUCCUGCGUACCCCAGAUUUUCGGGGAGUCUGGCAUCUACCUUCCUACCCGUGAGCCACUUGGAUCACCAUGGAAACAGCAAUGUUCUCUAUGGGCAACAUCGUUUCUAUGGAACCCAAAAAGAUAACUUCUACCUGCGCAACCUGCCCCCACAGCCUACCAUACUACCCGCCAACCACAACUUCCCCGGAGUGCCCCGAGCCACCCCUGCCCAUCCCAUCGGGUCCUGCAGCCGGGACCGCAUCGAGGCUGCCUCACUGCAGAAGGGUCCUAAGGAGUUUGACCGCUUCCUCAUGGGUAAAGAGGUGGGCAAAGAGAAAGUUAGCAAGGGAGCAGAGGGCAGGGAGCGGCCAGCUGUGGAGGAAGACAGUGGUAAAGAUCGACAGAAGCUGGUGCCGCCCAUGCCUGCCGAGGGGCCCUGCAAGGAGGCAGGCCCUGCACCCCGGGGGUCCUGUGAGGGCCGCCCCAAACACCUCACCUCUUGCCUGCUCAACACCAAGGUACUCAAUGGAGACAUGGGCAAGGCCUCCCUGGCCAGCUGUGCAGGAGGCAUGCUGGGCAGGCCUGGGACAGGUGUGGCAGCACCCGGACGCUGUGCCAAGGAGGUGGCAGGCCCCGUGGAGCCUGGGCCAGCCUUCAGUGAGUGCCUGGAGCGGCGGCAGAUGCUGCAUCAUGCUGUAUCCUACACAGUACCCUCUGGCCUGCCUACCGGGCCACCCCCGCCCCUCAGCACAGGCCCAGCGGGCUCUUUCCCCUGCCUGCAGCUGCAUGCAGGCCCAGAUGGGCUCUGCCCUCUGCAGGACAAAGUCUCCCGGGACCUAAAGGCCAGCGGGCCCACCUUUGUGCCUUCUGUGGGACACCUGGCUGACAAGAGCCGCUCUUUCCAAGUAGCAGAGGCCUGUGCCGUGGCAGGUGAUGGAAAGGACCGGCACCUGGAUGCGGCCAUGGCCACCGACCAUGGUGCACCCUAUGGAGUCUCCUACGCCCACCUAAAAGCUGAGGGCAAGGGCGAGCGGCGACCCGGGGGCUUUGAGGCGGCCCUCCACCCCCGGCUGAAAGGCCUGGAGUAUCUCAGUUCAGGCCCCGAGGCCCCCUUCCCUGGACUUCCCAAAGGCGGUCUGGACAAAAGUGGCUACUUUGAGUUGCCCACUUCACAGGACUGUGCCCGGUCCAAUCACCAAGACCCACUGGGUGGGAAGGCCACCCAGGCCUGCUGCACUUUAGACAAAGUGGCCAACAAAGAGGCCCCUGCUGGCCCUCCAGUGGGACAGAAGGUAGCCAGGAUCCGGCACCAGCAGCACUUGGUGGCUCCUGAGGUAGAAUCGGGAGGCAGCGGGGCCGAGACGAAACGCAAGUCCGUGGAGCUGGCUUCUCUGGGUUAUAGCGGCCACCACAUGCCUCCGUGGGGUGUACAGACGGGCCACGACACCUCCAUGGCCAUCAUCGAGGAACGAAAGGGCAGUGCCUACCUCGACCCUUUUGGAAGUGGCUUACAGCAGGCAGCCCUCCUGUCCCAGGAGCUGCCCACUCCGCCAGAUGAGGUCUCGGCCAUGAAGAACCUGCUGAAAUACAGCAACCAAGCCCUAGUCGUGGGCCAGAAGGCUCCGUUCGUGGGCCUGGGCAGCCUCAAAGCCAGCUGCGUCCAGCAGGAAGCCAAGUUUCCAGCCACUAAGGGCCCAGGCCCAGUGGAAAGACCCGACUGUGCCCGCAGCAGGGAGCAUGAGGCCCCACAUGGAGACGGGGAGGUGAGGCAGCCACCCGUGGGCAUCGCAGUGGCCUUGGCCAGGCAGAAGGACACGGUCGGCAGGCCCGAUACAGCCUACAAUACCAACAGUGGGCGGCAGGGCAGGGCCGCCCCCACCUUCAAAGGUGCUGGAGGACCACGUGCCAGCCAUGCGCUAGACCUGGAGAGCGAAGAGGAGAGGUCACGGGCGUGCGAGGAGCGCCUGGGUCUGCCUGGACGUGAGCUGCUGUUACAAGACAACAAAGACCUCGUGGAAUUUGCCCGGAUCCACCCUUCAAGCAGCUGCCCUGGAGACCUGCCCCCCCACCUCAUGAUGCAAGGCGGGGACCCAGCCCCCCACCCCCAUCCUGCCCAUCCCCACUGGCUGCCCCGCACCCGCAGUCCCUCCUUGUGGAUGGGGGGACAUUCCUAUGGUCUCGGACACCCCGCCCUGCACCAGAACCUACCCCCUGGCUUCCCCGCAUCUGUGCCCGGCUCCAUGCCCUCCGUGUUCCCCCUCCCCCAAGAUGCAGCCACGCAGUUGGUCAUCUUGCCCUCGGAACCCACACCCCACACCACCCCUCACACACUCGCUGAAGUUAUGGACCAGGCCUCCCUGUGGCCCCCCAUGUAUGGGGCCCGGGGCCCUGCCUCUCACAUGCAGCACCCGGGCCAGCUCCCUGUGUAUUCUCGGUCCCAGCUGCUUCGGCAGCAAGAGCUCUAUGCACUGCAGCAGCAGCAGCAACAACAGCAGCAGCAGCAACAACAGCAGCAACAGCAGCAGCAACAACAACAGCAGCAGCAGCAACAGCAGCAGCAGCAACAUCGGGCCACACAGGCCCUGGAGCUACAGCGAGUUGCCCAGUUCCAGCGCAAGCCUGAGGAUCGCCACAUGGAGCUGGAGGAAGCUGCCCAGGAGAAGACCCCAAAGUCCACCCACAAGCCAGUUGCCUUAACCCCCAUGGCCAAGGGCACCCCCUCCUCCGCCACUGCAGGCCUGGUCAAGCUAUCACCCUGCUGUCAGUCGCCCACUUUGAAGACCCCUGCGAGUUGCCCCACACCACCACCUCGGCCCAGCGCCCCCUGCACUUUACCCAUCUGCCCUACUGGCAGCCCAGGGCCUGGCUCCAAGGUGCCUAGUACCAUGGACAAGAGUGAGGAGGGCCAGCGGGCUGGAACCAACCUGACCACGCUGGAACCAGACCUGACUCCAGGAUUGAACCCCACAGCUGGCCUGGAUCUCUCCCUCCCUUCAGACGUGCACUCCUCUGACCUCCAAGACCCCAAAACUAUGCAAACCACUACCCCAGGGACUCGGCCUGAGCCCCCAAGGACGUUCCUCCCUGGGGAGCCACCCCCAUGCAGCCCCAGGAACUUAGAAGAGCCUGGGCUGCUCUCAAGGGCCAGGGAUGCCACCCAGGACCUUGCCAAUCUACCCCCUCCUGUUGAGGGAGGACUCCCACCAGGGAAGGCAGAAGACCCCAGCCCACUCGAGGGGUUACAAGCACUGAAAUUUGGAGACCUCCUCGAGGGAGGGGGAACUGAGGCUACUGGCCAGACGAAUUCUACUCAGGGAGGGAUGCAAAAUGAGAGGACUGUAGAUCAGGGGGCACCACAGCCCCCUUUGGGGGCUACCCCUCAAGCACUAGAACAGGAAGCAGGGAGCCCAGCUGCCCUGGACAAGCGUGAAGGUCCACAGAAGGUCCCUGAUGUGGCCCAGCUACAGGAGGAAGAAACCCAGCUUGAGGAGAGCGGGGGGGACUCGGAGGUGGACUGGGGGACUCCCAACCAUAGCCACCCACCCAAAGCGCUGCCAGGCUUGGAUGCCUUGGUGGCUGCUACUGUGGACCUAGGAGACCUGCCUGACAUCAGCCUGACAGACCCUCAGACCCCAGCAGCCUCCGUGCCCCUUAGCACGGCUCCUCUGCCGCAUAGCUCAGGGAUUCAUGGGAUUGCCCUGCUCAGUGAGCUGGCUGACCUGGAGACCCAGCGGCAGAAGAGUGAGCUGUCCAUGCAAGCAGAAGAUGAGGAUGUGCUGGCCUUCAACCUGCAGCACCUGGCCACACUGGCCACAGCCUGGUCCCUGGUGGAGGCUGCUAACCUGGACAGCCCAGUCACUUCACUGCAGGCCCCAGCUGCUGACCCAGACAGAGGCCCCAGGCUCACCCCCAGAAUGCAAAUCCUGCAACGCAAGGACACCUGGGCCCCUAAAACAAAGCCUGUAUGUCCCCUGAAGGCUGCCAUCGACCGGCUGGACACACAGGAAGUGGAGAUGCGCAUGCAGCUAGCAGAGCUGCAGAGGCGCUACAAGGAGAAGCAACGGGAGCUGGCUCGCCUGCAGCGCAGGCAUGACCACGAGAGAGAGGAGAGCUCACGGAGCCCUGCACGGCGGGGGCCUGGCAGGCCAAGAAAGCGCAAACACUCAAGCUCACUGCCUGCCCUGCGUCCCGGGGGCCAGCUUGCCAGAAGUGACAGCAAGAAAGCCAAGGCUGUUCGUGCAAGCCUAAGUCUGCUGUGUGCUGAGCUACGAGGUGAUGAGCCCCCAAGGAAGCGAAGCAAACUGGGAAAGAGUCCUUACACUGGCCUGCAGUCCGUCUCCUCGGAGAAGGUGCGGUGCAAGAAGAGCUGUGGCCAGGCCGAGUUGCCAUCCUCGGUGGCCCACAAGGUGGCCCAGCUGAAGCCAAAGGUCAAGAGCAAGGGGCUGCCUGCCGGCCUCGGUGCCUUCCAGCGCAAAGAGGCUGCCCCAGGUGGGCGCAUCCAGAAGAAGCUAUCUAGAGCCAAGAGCGUCACGGCGUCAGGGGCGGCACGGCAUCCACACCCCGAUGGGGACAGUGGCAGGGAGAUGCACAAAUUCCAAGCCCAACCCGCAGUGGCUGUGGCACAUGAGGCAGGCAGCGGCUAUGACAGUGAGGACUGCCAGGCACUCCUGGGGACAGAGGCAGCUCCCAGAGAGCCUGGGCUGGUGUUGCACCCAGGGUCUGGUGUGGCAGUGCUGGGACCCUCACCUUCCUCCGUGGUCAAGAUGGAAGCCAAUCAGAAGGCCAAGAAGAAAAAGGAGAGGCAGGGCUUGCUAGGGGCCUGCCGCCUGUCCAGCCCCGAGGGCGAGGUUAAGAUCAAGAGACGAACAGUAAAGACCAAGGUGGGAGCCAAGCUGGAGCGGGCGCCAGGGCGGCGGCCCCCGGGUGCACCAGGCAAGAAGAAGGCCAAGGGCAAGGUGAAAACUGGCCUGCGUACAGAGCCAGGAACCGCCACCAGCAGAGACACCCUUUUCAGUCCCACCCGGACUUUUGCCUGCCGAGAGGAGGGCAGCAAACUUGCCAGUGAGCGCCUCAAGAGAGCCACCCGCAAGAGCGCCAUGUUGCAGCCAGUCCUGAGGCGGAAGAAUGGGGCCUUGUCCAUCGCUCUGUCAGCCCGCAACGCCAAGGCCAUCCUGGGAAAGAGCAGGAAGCUGACGAAGGUGAAGAGAGAGGCUGUCAGCAAGCAGGGCCAGGGGCGGGCGGUGAGCCGGCUGCUGGAGAGCUUUGCUGUGGAGGAUGACUUUGAGUUUGACGAGGAUGACACCAGCUUCUCGGAUGAGGAAGAAGAAGAGGAAGAAGCCGGUGUACAGCUCAGCGCAGAGCAGAGCGCCGCCCUGGCACGGUCCUGCACCAUCCACAAGGAAGACCUGCAGGACGGACUGCCCGUCCUGAUCCCGAAGGAGGACAGCCUGCUGUAUGCGGGCAGUGUCAGGACCCUGCAACCCCCCGACAUCUACAGCAUCGUCAUUGAGGGGGAGAGAGGCAACCGUCAACGUAUCUACUCGCUGGAACAGCUGCUGCAGGAGGCGGUUCUUGAUGUCCAGCCACAGUCCAGUCGGUACCUUCCACCUGGUACCCGGGUCUGUGCCUACUGGAGUCAGAAGUCCCGGUGUCUAUAUCCAGGCAAUGUGGUUCGAGGUGCUUCAAGCGAUGAAGAAGACCUGGACUCAGUGUUGGUAGAGUUCGAUGACGGAGACACAGGCCACAUAGCUGUCUCUAACAUCAGGCUGCUGCCUCCGGACUUCAAGAUCCAGUGUACAGAGCCCUCGCCAGCCCUGUUGGUGUCCAGCAGCUGCCGGAGGACCAAAAAAGCAGCCAAUGAGGGCCACCCGCCCAGCGAAGCCCCCACACCCAGCCUGUCCCCUAAAGUGCCGGAUGGCCCUGAAACUUCUAAGACCCCUGGGAAGAAAUCUGGCAGCAAAGACAAAGCUGGCAAAGUCGACCUCCUAACCUCAGGUGCCAAGUCCCCCACGGGGGCCUCAGACCACUUCCUAGGCCGCAGAGGCAGCCCCCUGCUGAGCUGGUCAGCAGUGGCUCAGACCAAGCGGAAAGCGGUGGCUGCGGCAGCGGCGGCGGCAGGUGGCAAAGGGCCGGGGGUACUACAGAACCUCUUCCAGCUCAACGGAAGCACCAAGAAGCUGCGGGCCCGGGACACCCUGUUUCCCAUGCAUAGCAUGGCUACCCCCGUGUUUGGUAACAGCUUCCGAGCUGACUCCUUCAGCAGCCUGGCGAGUUCCUACACACCCUUCCUUGGAGGGGCUGGGGCAGGCCUUCCCGGAGGAGCCCACAAGCUGCUUAGGGCCAAGAAGGCUGAACGGGCUGAAGCAGAAAAGGCCGGGAGGCGGCGGGCAGGCGGCGAGUUUCUGGUUAAGCUGGACCAUGAGGGUGUGACCUCCCCCAAAAACAAAAACUGCAAGGCCCUGCUCAUGAGCGACAAGGACUUCGGACCCAAGCUGGGGCGACCUCUUAGCAACCCCAGUUACGCACACCCAGCCCUCAUUGGCAAGGACAAGAAGGGUCGGGCGCCUGUGCAUCCGCUACCCAUGGGGCUGGCUCUGCGCAAGUACCCACUGCCCUGUGAUAGUGACUGCCCCAGCUCCUACUCCGAUGAGGACGAGGAUGGGCCGGGGCUGGCCACCGGUGUUCCCUCCCGAUUCCUCACCCGCCUAUCCAUGUCGUCGUCCUCCUCUGGCUCGUCCACGUCUUCUUCCUCAGGCUCCGUGUCCACGUCCAGCCUCUGUUCCUCAGACAAUGAGGACUCAUCUUAUAGCUCAGAUGACGAGGACCCUGCCCUGCUGCUGCAGACCUGUCUCACCCGCCCUGUGCCCGCCCUCCUGGCCCCACCCGAAGCCCUGCGCUCUAAGGGUAGCAGCCCCCACGCGCACACCCACGCCCAGCGCUGCUUCCUGUCCAGGGCUGGGGUGGCUGGUGCAGGUGCAGGGGCCAGCCCCAGUGGUAGCAAAUCCAAGUUCAAGCGCAAGGAGGCCCUGAGCUUCUCCAAAGCCAAAGAGCUUUCUCGGAGGCAACGGCUGCCCUCCGUAGAAAACCGGCCAAAGAUCUCAGCCUUCCUGCCUGCCCGGCAGCUCUGGAAGUGGUCAGGAAACCCCACGCAGAGACGAGGCAUGAAGGGGAAAGCCAGGAAACUAUUCUACAAGGCCAUUGUCCGAGGCAAGGAGACACUGCGCAUCGGGGACUGUGCGGUCUUCCUUUCGGCCGGCCGGCCCAACCUGCCCUACAUAGGCCGCAUCGAGAGCUUGUGGGAGUCCUGGGGCAGCAACAUGGUGGUGAAGGUCAAAUGGUUCUACCACCCAGAGGAGACCAAGCUGGGGAAGCGGCAGAGUGACGGGAAGGUGAGGUGUGGGCAGGUGCGGUGGGGGCCCAGCCCCUGCCCUGGGUCUCUGGGGGAAUGGGCGCUUUCCUUGGGUGUGGCAUGUUUCUGCCGAGGUCGGCCCCGACACUGUAUGUGUUCCCUCGCCCGGCAGAACGCACUGUACCAGUCCUGCCACGAAGAUGAGAAUGACGUGCAGACCAUCUCCCACAAAUGUCAGGUGGUGGGCCGAGAGCAGUAUGAACAGAUGAUGCGGGGCCGCAAGUACCAGGACCAGCAGGACCUGUACUACUUGGCAGGCACCUAUGAUCCUACUACUGGGCGCCUGGUGACAGCUGACGGCGUGCCCGUCCUGUGCUGAGCUGCUUCUGCCUCUGCCCACCCUCGCCCAUGACUGCAGCCAAGAGGUCAGCCAGCCAGGAGCUGGUCUGAGCAAAUAUGCAACCCCCCCAAGGCGGGAUCAGGCUUCUCUUCGAAGUUCUCUGGAGAGAGCUCCUAGGAUAGACCCCCCGAGUCCCAUCCUAGCUGCUCCAGGGGGAGAGCCAGGCUGGUCCCACGGGGACCGGCUGCUCUGCCGCUGCACCGCAGUUCUCGAGAGAUUAGAAUCCAAGCCAUAUUUCCCUAGUACCUCCGACUGUCUCCCACCAGGGAAAGCAGAAAUCAGGUGUGUUGUCUAUUUAUUUCUCUAUGUAAAUAUUGUAUUUCUGUGGGGAAGUUUUAUGGGGGAAAAAGUGGAAAAGAAUUUUCCCCACCUUUGCGACAAGGGUGGAUGCGCGACGAGGGUGUGUGUGUGUGUGUGUGUGUGUGUGUGUGUGCGUGCGCGUAUGCGUGUGUGCGUGUAGGGGUUUUUGUCCUGGGGUUUUCUUUGGAAGUGCACUGUUCUCAGCCUAGUUGAAUUCCAACAGGGGCAUCUGUGACUGCAGAGGCUGCUGGAAUGGGGGCGUGGCCAAAGGCCGUGGGAUGGUCACAUGAGACCCAGUCAUACCCUCCAAUCUCUUGGGGGCCAACUGUGAAGGAAAUUACACUGCGGUUUAUUUCCUUUCAAUACAUCCCAUCCAUGAAAGUAUUUGGGUGGGGGCAGUGAUGGCGGUCCCCUGGAACGACCAGGGGUUCCAACCACAGGAUGAGAACCAGGAUCAGCCUGCGGGCCGGUACCGGCCUGCCCCACUCUACAGCCCAGGAGUAUGGCAACAGCCACGUAUCUCUUACCUCUGUUUAAAACAAAACAAAUGAACAAAUAUUUUGAAAUAUCAAUAAGAAAAAUGGAUGUUUAGACUUUCUUUCCUGAAUAUUCCAAGUUAUUUCUGGUUUCCGUUUCCAUGGCCAGUUUGAUGCAGGGAGAGAAGCCUGGCCUUGCUCGAGCAGGGUGCAGGCGGCCCCCGGCCCCCUCCGUCCCCACCAGCUCUCGGCCCCUUCCUUAUCCUCCAGGGCAACAGCUGCCUUCCCCCAAGAGCUGCAGGGCUUCCAAUGGUGCAGCUGGUCCAGCUCCCUGUCUGGGCCAGAAUUUGGGGCCCGUCUGGGGCUGGUCCACAGUUCUGCAUGAGAACAUUCUCACCACUAAGAUGCACCCCCUUUCCCCACCAGAUACUUUCCCUGGGGUCCCACCACCUCUGGAUAGCCUCAAGUGUGGAUAGCCAUGAGGCUGAGCCAGAGGUUCUGGAGUCACAACAGUAGAAAGGCGAUGCUGCUCACCCAAGGGGGCGCCCAUCCGGCUCCCCUUCUCUCAACCUAGACCCUGAUCCUGGGCCCCCUCUGCCCACCCCACACCUACACAGUUUCUGGACCUUUUUUAUAUCCACUCAGCAGGGCAGAUAGCAUGGCAGGCUCAUGCACAGAGUAUAUACAACAAGGGUCCCUUCUGGCCUCUUGUACACACAUCCUGACCCCAAGUACCAGGAAAGCCAGGCAGUCCUCACUUCUCCCAUGAUGGAAAGAGCAGGCUAGACCCAUGGACCAAAAGCCUUUGUUCUCAGAAAUGCCUUGUGGCACCCGUGCUCCCCAGUGUCCACUCGGCCAAGGCUUCCUAGGAAGUGGGGAGUACUGGAGGUCACCCAGCCCUAACUGGGAACCCCCGGCCUCUCUUCCUUUGCUCAGGCCCGCCAAGAGUCUAUCCUGAUCCCAGGGACUCUGUUUUUCUUACUAGUUGCUCCAAGGGUCCCUCUUGGUGGUCCACAGGAACACCAAGGGUGCCCGUUCCUGGCUGUCCCACCACCCUGAGGGUUUCUGUUCUCCACAUGAGUGCAAUAUUCCAUCCUUGGUGGUCAUCAGAAGAGAUGACCACCAGGGUCCUGCUCACAGCCAGGGAAUCAGGAAGAUGGUGACUUAAGAAUCAAGACCAGGGCUGUCACUAGAAAGGCUGCCCGGAACCCCAGUACCCAGGAGCCCCGGAGCAAGUAGAAAGGCUGUUGUCCUGUGUGCUACCUUCUCCGCGUUUCUUCUGCCCUCUGCUGAACUGUCCUCUUGCUCUGUCUUUAUCUUUAGGUCCCCCCAUCCUUUUCCUUUCUUUCUGUGUGUACACGCAAAUGGCGUGACUCCUCCUCCCCAACUGUGGCUAACGUGGUAAAAAGCACGAAUCUUGUAAAUGUGUAAACUAAGAGGCUGGUUGGUUGGUUUGUUGUUUUUUUUUUUCAAUGUAAACACUAAAUACAAAAACAAAAAAACAAAGGUUUUAUGAACAGCAGACUCUAUGUAAAGGCAUUUUACUAUUAAAUUUUUUAUUGAUAACUUGCUUAAGAAUAAAUAUAUGACUAUUGUACAGGU